AUGCUCGCUGCCAUUCGACCAUGCGUCUCGCUUCUCGGCAGGUCCUCCGUUCGCCCCGCGGCACCCAAGCCCUUUGCGGGAGGCCUGUUAGGUGCUGGCUUCGCUUCCAGCGUCCGAAUGAACGGUGUUCAGAAGCGAUUCACUGAGGAGCACGAAUGGGUUUCGUUCGACGAUGCUACCAACAUUGGCACUGUCGGCAUCACCGAUUACGCACAGAAGUCGCUUGGUGACGUCGUCUUCAUCGAGCUGCCCGAGGCUGGCGCUCAGGUGAAGAAGGGAGAUGACAUUGGGGCUGUUGAGUCGGUAAAGGCCGCUUCCGACAUCUAUGCACCUGUUUCCGGUCAGAUCGAGGCUGUCAACGAGAAGCUCAACAGCGAGCCCAGUUUGCUGAACAAGCAGCCCGAGAGCGACGGCUGGUUGUGCCAGAUCAAGCUCUCGAAUCCUGCCGAUUUCGAGACUCUUCUCACAGCCGAGGCCUACCAGAAGAUCUGCGAGAACUAA